AUGUCUACCGUCGAUCAAUACUAUGGCGUUGAUGGUGAUGCCGGUGCCGGUGGUGGUGGUCGCCGUGUGGCAAGAUCGGUCGCGGCCGACCACUCCCAGAAACGGGACCGGCAGAAGAAGAACCCCGAGAAGAGGCAGGCCACCACCGCCGCCGCCGCCGAGGAUGAGGACGAGGAGAUGGAGGCUACGACUCCGCAACAGCAGCAACAACAACAGCAACAGCAGCUCCUCGCCGACCUGGCGAGCCGCUUUCCCGCUCCACCCCCUUGUCCUGCUGCUGGAAGAGAAAGAAGAGAAGCAUCGUCCGCGGCAUCCAGGAUGAGAUGUUGCCGGAAAAGUGACGAGGAAGCCAAAAAGGUGAGAGAGGUUUAG